GACUUUUUUUGGUCGAAUAUAAUGUUUGCUGUUAGUAACUUGAUUGUGUUGGUAUGGCGGUAUCGUUUGGCAGGAGAGUAGCAGUAGCUACAACAAAUCAAUUAACCCUAAGUCGGAGAUACGGAUAUUAUGUAUUGUUACCGGAGACUGGGCACGGUGAAGAUGUUUCAAAUAAUCCAUUGCUGCAGAGUGCUGCGACACCAAAAUUCAGUGAUAUCACUGCAGAAAACUGCGUUUCCGCAAUCGGUGUCCAGACUAUGGACUACGAGACGAAGAUAAAGCGUCUGGAGGAAACAUUGGCAUCAACUGAAACUUCUACAACAGACAUAUUUGAAGAUGUUCUGGCUCCUAUAGAAAAAAUUGGUGCACCUCUUGAUGCAACUUGGGGCACUAUUAAGACUCUUCACAUAGCAAAUGCGAAAGUGGUACCUCGCAAAGCUUACAUGGGUAUUCAUGAACGAGCCAAACAUGUUCGUUCAUUAAAGUAUACCAGUGAACAUAUCUAUUCUGCUUUCAAGAAAUUAAGUGGUUGUGCGAAGACAGAGGAGCAAAAGCGGAUAGUCCAAAAAUUUUUACUUGAGGGUCGUUUAAAUGGCUUAGAUUUAGAAAGAAGCAAGAAGGCCAAUCUUAACAAUAUUCUUUUUAAACUGGCAAAAGCGAAGACAGCAUAUAGAGAUAAACUGGAGAUUGCCACGAAUCAAUUUAAACAUGUGAUUAAAGGUUCAUCUAUUAUGACUGACUUUCCUGAAGAUGUUUUGAAGAUGAUGGCAGCUGACAGAAGCCAACCAGGUCGUGGUCCUUGGACAGUCACAUUGCAGCCUGCAGUGGCCACUGGAUUUCUAGAGCAUUGUGCAGAUAGAGAUCAGCGCUGGAAUGUGUGGCAGGCGAGUGUACGCCGCUGUUCGACACACAAUGAGAAAUCGUUGGAGAACAGCACAACUGUCCAGGAGAUCCGUAUACAGAGGAGGAAUUUAGCAAAGCUCUUGGGAUACGACAAGUAUGCCGAUUUGUCAAUGGAAACAAAGAUGGCAGGAAGUGUGGAAAAUGUUCAAAAGAUGUUAAGUCAUCUUUUAGACAAAGCACUCCCUGUUCAAGAGGAAGAACUUCUACAACUGGAAACAUUUGCAGCAGAACAGGGAUUUGAAGGUCCCAUGCAAAUAUGGGAUGUACCUUAUUGGAAGACAAGGCAGCAGAAACUGGAAUUUGGGUUGGAUGAAGAUUCCAUUCGGGAGUAUUUUCCAUUACCGAAGGUGCUCUCUGGAUUGUUUAUGCUCUGCGAAUCUCUGAUGGGUUUGCAGUUUGUUGAAGAAUCUGGAGUAGACAAAUGGAAUCCCGAUGUCCAGUUCUACAACAUAUUUGAGGUUGGAAGCACAGAACCUGUUGGCAGUUUCUUUAUUGAUCCUUACAUCAGGGAAGAUGAAAAGUUGCAAAUGGAUGGAGCCUCUGGUUGGAUGAUUCCUAUGGCAAAUAAAUGCACAAUAAUUGGAAGAAAGCCUUUAGCAGCUCUUGUGUUCAAUUUUCGACCGCCUCUUUACGGGAAGCCAUCUUUGUUGUCCUUCACUGAGGUGAACCGCCUUUUCAAGACGUUUGGUCAUGGAUUGCAACAUCUCCUUUCCAAGGCCUUCUACAGUGAAGUUAGUGGCCUUUCAAAUUUGGAAUGGGAUGCUGCUGAAAUAAGCAGCAAUGUCUUAGAUAACUGGUUGUAUCAAAGGAGCUUUCUGGAAUCCUUAAGUGGACACUAUGAAACUGGAGAACCACUGCCAACUCCAAUUGUAGAGCAACUGGUUCAGCUGCGAAACCACAUGGCUGGAUAUGAUCUCUGCAGAGAACUCUACCUCUCUGCUCUUGACAUUGAAUUACACUCUUCAACAGAAUUUUGGGUGGAUGUGAUUGAACGAAUGUGGCCACAAUAUAAUGUUCUCCCAUUGGACAAAAAGGAUUCUCAUCCCUGCUCAUUUUCAGCCAUAUUCUCAGAUGAAUGGGCAGCAGCAUAUUACAGUCAUAUUUGGGCUCGUUUAGUGGCUGCAGAUGUGUUCAGUGCUUUUCUAGAAGCAGGACUUGAGAACAAAGAGGAAUGCCAGGUUGUUGGUAAAAGGUUUCGUUCCACUUACCUGGCACUUGGUGGAGCUUGUCAUCCAGGUGAAGUCUUCAGAAGAUUUAGAGGUAGAGAUCCUUCUGCCAAAGCACUGUUACGAUCACUUGGGAUUAAACAGCCAAAACUGAUGCAGGCUGUCAGUGGAUAAGAAGUUUAAAUCUGUUACUUUCAGUUAAGUCUGUUUGCUGUGGAAUUGUGGUGCUGUGGUGAAUAUCAUGCAAAGACUGAAGUUACUUGUUUUGUUUUUGGCUCAGUCACAUUGUAAUUACUGUGGAAUUUACUAGUGGUAGAGCAGUUUAUGAAUAAAAAAAAGAUGUAAGUUUUUGUAAAAAUCAAA